GGGAUGAUUGAUUAUCGCCAUUCUAUUUCAGAUGGAUCCUGCACUUCCCAAGCCAGAUUACCGACAUGAUCUGGAGUGGUACUGGCCUUUUGAAAAAUUUCCUCUCGAUCCCAAUGAUCUCUUCACCACUCUUCAUGAUCGCUUUAAUACCAGACCAUUUCCCUUACAAGACCCAGUUGCAUUCCACCGGGAUGUCUAUGAAUGUGCUGACAGCUCUGACACAAUAGACGAGUUUUAUUCUCGACUAGAAGAACGUAAGGCUCAACGGAUAGAAGAAAUGUCGGAGGGAUGGGAUGAAGUUAGUACUUUACUUGUAUCGUUUCCAACUCUACUAUCUUGCCAGUUAUGCUACGAUCCAGAGACCCGUGAUGUGAAGAUGAAGCCAGGCACCAAAAAUGACUCGAUGGGCCAGCGGCGGUUUGCCUUUCUACAAUAUGCGCGCUACAUGUCUUUUGAUAAUCUAGUGAGGUUUUUUGACGGUUUUGUGAGAGAUGAAAGAGAGGAACAGGAGAAGAUCAGGCGCUGGGCAGACGAAGGUCUGGAGAGCAUGCGGAGGGCGCGAGCCGCUAAGCGCGUAGCCGCCGCUUCUGGAGCCAUCGAAGCAGCAAUUCCAGACUCACCUCGCAGGACCUCUCCCAGAAUAGCACGCAACAAGCUAAAAUCGUCUCGCAAUGUCCCGGCUUCAGGAAGCUCAGCGGCUUCGGCUUCGGCUUCAGCAGCUGCUGGCGAAAAGUCACGGCCACCAUCGUCCUCGAAGCGGCCCGGCCCGCCGCGCCGCGCCGACGGGUUAUCCCCUGGACAAACGACCGAGAGCUCAAGAGCCGGAAAGAGGAGAAGUAACGAAGAUGCGCAUAGAUCGACUAGGAAGAGACGGCGCAUGGCAAGCGAGGACACUGGUGGCGAAGAUGUCGAUCCAGGGAGACGUGCUGCCAAGCAAGACGAAUCAAGAGGUGCCGAGGGUGCGCCGACUUUUGCGCAUUCCAAGAAACGGAAAUCAUUAGAUGAUUCCCUGGGCGAAGCAAGAAAGAAGAGGACUAAAACAACCGACAGUCUACACAACAGGUCAACGCAGUCUCCAAGACGAUCAGCUAAUCAGGACCAACCAGGUAGGGCUCCAUCAUCGGCCGAGAGAGACUCUAGUAUUCCCUCUACUGCGGUGCCUUCCAACUACGAUCCAGAUACGGUAGACGAGGAGCGCAUACAAAGGAUAUCUACUGCAGCAACAGAGACGAAAAAGCCCAAAAAGAAGCUUCAAAGAAAGCCUCCAAGAACGCCCCGAGCCCCGAGCCGGCAACGAGUCGAUAAGAGACGCUCAAUCAAAGAACAGAGCUCAUCUGCGCCGAAGAAACAAUCUCGUCGGAACAAACCCCAAGAGCGAAAGCCCUCGCCUUCCACACAACGGCUUUUACGCUCCACGCGGUCGUCUAGAAGAGACCCCGGACAGGAGCUAUGGUUUCUUGGUGAUAAUUCCGUGGCUUGCGCCGUCACGAGUACAAAGCGGACAUAG